AUGCAGCCAAAAAAAAUGUUCAAGAGCACAUCAGCAGAUGCCAGCAAGAACAUUUGGCAAGAGAUCAUAACACCAUCAAUCUCACAGUCAUCUUCUGCUCCAAAUUGUGUCGUCGAAAAUUUAAUAGCAAACGAUCCCAAAGAACCCGAAGACAAAGAUCUUCAUGUAGUGCCAAUUCCACUCACACAAUUCACUCUUUCACCACAACAUUCGGAAGAUUGUAUUUUUAAAGGAAAACUCGCACCAGGAGUUUAUAAAUUAUGUUUGGAGAGAUUGAUCAACGGUGAUGAAGAAGGAUCGAACCUUGAAUUAAUGGUUGAUGCGGGCGAUGCUGCACCAAGUAGUUUACACAUCGUUCAAAUGUCAAAGAGGCAGGCAACAUGGUUGUCUUCGGAAGUUCAAUUGUUCAACAUGAAUGGAGAUGUUCAACGGGAUGACUUUAUCCGUGUUGUUGUCAAAGUGAAAGCAACCACUCUAGUGACCUCGUGUACCUUCAAAUUUAAACUGUUUGUCAAGAAGGUCAAAUUAUUCGAAGAAUCUGACAUUCAAUUGUCAUUUAACGACAAGAAGAAAAUUCAAAUUCCGAAUGUGAGUCCUGGAAUUUACGAAGUCAUCAUUUCUCCUGCAGCUCUCACAACGCGCGUAGCUCCACUUCACGUUAAAGUAUGUGCUUUCAUCAAGAACGCAAAACGAAAAUCAUUCUUCCAUAAUCAAGUGGCAAAAGGAGUGGUACAAACCGAUGGAUGGAUUUCUGAUCGAUUUAUUGUGUAUAACAAUGUUGAACAACAGGAGGGAAAUAGUGCAACUAUUGAUGUAAAAUUGGUGUCACCAGAACCAAAGAGAUCAUCUGUUGCUGGAUCGCCAGGAGCCAAGAAAGGAUCCUCGCCAAAUCUGUUAAAUUCUGCACCAAUGGUGUAUUCCAUUACUGUUUUUCGUAUUAGCACUGCAACUCCAAGUACGGCUUCCAUUUCACAAACUGAACUUCACUCUUUGUGUGGCCACUUGUUGACAAGAAUUUACUAUUCUCAAUACAUGAAAAGAAAUGUCAGAGAGUUGGAUUGUGUCAUUAAACAAUGUGAAUACUAUUGCAACGUGUUGCAACCAAGGUGUUCAGAAGAGCAAUUAUUCUAUUUUCAACGAAUUAAGGAAAUUGCCAUCAUGAGAAAACAAUAUGUGAGAGAAGAAAUUGAAAGUGAACGAUCAGUGGGAAUCACUCUUGCCAAUUCGUCAUUCCAACAAGAAUUGGAGGAAAAGAAGCAGUUUAAUGCUCACAUUUACAAUGCUCUUCAUUCCUUUUCUCAAUUGUCCACUCAACCCAUUCACACUUUGUUACAUGACCAGGUAUUGGAGCAACCAUACGAACUCAUUGUUGUGGAAGAGAAAUUCCAUGCAGGAAAGAAAUGCGGCCCAUUGUCCAAUUUACUUAAACUAUUAUAUGAAACAAUUAAGAAGGUCAGAGAGGGAAUUGAAAAUCAACAACAUGUAGACGUAUCAAAGAACGCUCUUCUCAUCCAGAAAAUGAGAUGGCAAAAAAUUGUGGACUCUGACGAUGAAGAAAACUGGAAUUCUCGACUUGAUCCAAACCAAGAUGAAAUGUUUUUCUUACAAGAACAAACGGAGAGUAUUUUAAAAGCUUCCGAAGAUGUGAAUUCUGACAACAAGCAAGACAACGCUAGAGAUGGUGAACAUGUAGAAAGCAAGCGUAGUAUUAAUUUAGGUUUGAAUGCAUUGAUGGGAAUUGCAUUGUUCACACACAAUGACAUUGUGCUCGCUCCGCAAGAGCCAAAUUAUUUAUUUGAAAAAGUUUCAAGUGAGCACUUCCAAACCAUCUACAAGCUGGCACAAUUCUUAAUCGUUCAAGGUUUGAAGCAUGUCAAGAAGAGUGAAAUCAUUCAACAAGCUCUCUCCAAUGCAAUCAUAACCCACCAAAUUGAUCGAUUGAAUUCCAUUACUCAAGAAUUUAACAAAUAUAUUUCUGAGGAUGAAAUUAAAAGAGUGGACCAAAUAAUUGAUGCGAUUCGAUCUGAAAAUGUAAAGGGAUUUGGAUUCUUGCUGAAUCAACAAGAGUUGACUGCAUGGAAUGCAUCCAUGAUGUCCUUCCAACUCACACAAUUCAACUAUGAUCAUCUAGUCCGCUCAGCUAAGCAUGAAGGCUCUCACAUUUUUGAGAUUCAAGUGGACACCAAUGGUUUUGACACGAUGCGAUCAUUCUUCCAAAACUAUAACGAUGACAAUUCCGCUGAAUGUUCCGCUGGAGUCAUUUCAUUUAUGGGUGACACUCACAGUGGAAAGUCAAUGCUGAUUAAGGAGGUUAUUUAUUCAGAAUCAAAAUUGGGAAAAAACAAUCCAGUACCUAAAGAAGCUGAUGAAUCAAGUUCCAGUCAUUCUCCUACAUCAGCGAAUGUCACAGGAUUUGCAUGCAAAAAUCGAACAAAUCUUGAAACCAUGCUCUUGUUGGACAUGGAAGGAAGCAAUGGAGGAGAAAAAUUGCCGGAAGAGGAAGCGAAUCAACCAAAGUUCAAUAAUGUAGAAGAAUUAGAAGAAUUUAUGAAACGACGAAGACUUUCUGCAAAAGAACACCUGUCACGACUGGCUUACACAUGCUCUGAUGUUUUUGUGUACGUUGCUGCUCUUGACAUUGCAAACAAUGCAGCAAAACAGCAUUUGUUGGAAUGUGUUGCUGAAGAAGCUCCAAAAGGUGUGCGUGAUAUUUUGGAGCCAUCUCUUUGUCUAGUGUUCAACAAGUGCAGACAAGUCUAUGACUCUGUGGAAGAUUCAACUCGUAUAUUUUUUGAAAAUCAUGAUCCACAACGGACAUUGUUAAAAUUCUAUAAGAAAGUGACCGUAGUAACCAUUCCUGAUAAGUAUGCAAGCCCAACCUAUUUUGAGAAGUCACAAACGAAAGGUAUUCGAAUGAGUGGAGAGAAAUUAUUCAAGAAACAAGUUGUCACGUUCACCUCCACCAUACUCGACAUGCUUUUUGAACAAAAACAACGAAAAAAGGAGCAUGGAGCUUUGUUGAAAUUUAACUCGUUUAGCGCAUUUUUUGGAUGCUGUGUAGAUCGUUUGAAUCAUAUAGAGCCCUUCAUGCUUUCCUCUUUGAUUACGCAAGUCUUGAUUGAUUCCCAAGAUUCUGAACUGUACACUAUUCACAAGUUCUUUUCCAAAAUUUAUUUAUUUUCUCCAUUGAAUAGAGAAAAUUUUGUAACAGCUGUGAAAAAAGCUCUGACACUUUUACCAUUAGUGUUUUUCAGAGAUUUAUAUUCCAAAAAUUUAGUUAGUACUAUUGGGUUUGAGAAUGUGAUGAAAAGAAGAGAUGAGUAUUUGAACAAGUUAAUAGAUCAAGCCAAAAGGUUCCUUCAAAUGGUUGACAAAUCUAAACCAUGUGAUUAUGUGUUUGGGGUGCAUGGAAACAAACAUUGUUGCAAGACAAAGAAUACACAUGGAGACUGUCAUGUAUGUGAAAAAUCGGAACCGAUGACUGUCAAAGGGUUAUUCGAGUUCAAGGAAUUGAAUGAGCGUGAAUUGGUAGCAAUAGUGGAAAGUAAUUUCACAACAUUAAUGCACUUCUAUGAUACACAAAAGCCAACAUCGUCAGAAUUUGAGAAGAUUAUAUAUCGGUGUCAACAUUUUGUAGUAUUUACAACAGUUUCAUGGUUAAAUGAGAAGAAGUAUUGUAACGAACAGUUGUGCUGGUCCACAAAAGUAGAAUGUCCAAUUUGCUUACAAUUUCCCAUUGGCGGAAUGAAAGAAUUAUCUUGUCAGCAUCACAAUUGUCAAUCAUGCUUCAAGUUGCAGCAACUGACAACAAAGUUUGAUAAUGAGAAUAUUUUAUUCUCUGAGGAAACACAAGUCAAGUUGAGCUGUAUUGGAUGCACUUUAAACAGACAGUAA